AGAAACAAUUAUUUUAGGCAGGAGGAAACAAGACAAAAGGGAGACAAAAUUAAGGUGUUGGGAUGGGGGGCCGGCCCCAACAUUGAGGGCACGUGCUGAGGUGGCUGCCUGCACUCAAACAAUAGAAGCUGCCUUUGUAACUUACUCCCUCACUCAAGCUUACUUAACUUGUUCAUGCUGCUUUCUUGGUGCACUGUGAAGUAUUUCAAAACAAGUACACACCAAAAGCCAAAACAAAAUUAGUUGAGAGAGAGAGAGAGAGAGAAAGAGAGAGAUGGAAAGAGGUAGAGAGGAGAAAAGGGAAGAAGGAAUAAUGGUGUUUGUGGACAAAAGGGGUGGUUCUUCUACUCCUCCACCCUUAUGGAGGCUUCAGCUUCCAUCUCACCACUCCAGAAUCAACAUUCAAGAAUUCCUCAACUGCCCCACAUCAUCGUCACUCUCUGCCAGAGAGCUCUGUGCACAACUCUGGGAGACUCAGCCCUACCACAUGGCACUACUUCCCCGCUGCCGCCGCAAGGGCAACACACUUCUUAAGCUUCCUAAACACUUUGCUGACCCUCCUGAUAGCCCCUAUCACCAGCCCAAAUUAGAACGUAAUUCGAAAAGACAUGUCCAAGCAUCACCUCUCAAGCACCGUAGAUCAGUUGAAAGUAAGGGUUGUGCUCCUCAGCCAGUGUCCCCUGCAAGUUACUGUAACUCCGUGAAAGUGGCACCGUACAAUCUUUCAGUAAAUCCAACAAGUUCUGCGGAGUUAAGGGGUAAAUGUGGCGACCCUAAAACAUCAAGAGAGUUACUCAAAGUACUGAGCCGCAUCUCGAGCCUUGAAGAACAGAAUGCAUCGAGUAUGUCAGUGAUAAAAGCCUUGAAAAUGGAGCUAGAUCUUUCUCAGGUACAGGUCAGAGAGUUACUACAAGAAAAGCGAAUGAGUAAGCAGGAAAUGGAGAUCCUAAUGAGGCAAAUAGAAGAGGACAAGCUUGUGAGGAAGAACAAUGAACAUGAAAAAGUUAAAGCUACAGUUCAAUCAAUGAAUGAAGAGAUAGAAGAAGAAAGGAGGUUGAGACAGCAUUCGGAAAGCGUUUGUCGAAAGCUCACAAGGGAGCUUUCGGAGAUGAAGUCUUCACUGUCAAGUUGUCUCAGAGAUCUUGAAAGAGAGCAAAAAGGUCGGAUCCUAUUGGAGAAUCUGUGUGACGACUUUGCCAAAGGAAUAAGAGACUAUGAACGAGAAGCACGUUCUCUAACACAGAAUAAUGGCGCUGAGACGGGUCAGGUUAAAGGUGAAAAUAACCUUGAUAGGCUAAUGCUUCAUAUUUCAGAGGCUUGGCUUGAUGAGCGCAGGCAAACGAAGCAAGUCCAAUCAGGAGGAAGAGAUUCUGUUGUUGACAAGUUAGGUGUUGAUAUUGAAACAUUUCUUCAAGCGAAAAGGUCGGUUGAUUCAGGCAGAUGCAGUAGCCACACCCCAAAAGAGAUUCACCCAUGCCUGCAUUCACUGGAUAAUGCAGCAAUGAGGAAACAGGUUCAGUCAGAAGAAUGUGAAUUGGCAACACAAGCUCAAAAGGAAACGAUUGAAAAGCAUGUUGGGAGCAGUUCUAUAUCAUCAGAAGGUGAUAAGGUUUAUCCAGAGACAGAGAACAUUUUCGGGGAGGGUUCAGUGGUUACAGGGAAUUGUAGGCCUAAGCUGAGUGACAUGUCUGAGUCUUGUUCUUCUUCCAAAUUGCCAAAGGGAGUUAAUGAGAACUCGCUGAUGGCAAAACUGCUUGAAGCAAGAUUACAGCCCCACAAACCUUCAAUGUGAACUUUACAUACAAUGCUUUUUCAGAAAA